UCCUCACUCUCUCUCUCUCUCUCUCUCUCUCUCCAAGUACCAUCCUUAUCCCAUAACCCAUCCCCGAUCACCCCCGCCGGCGGAGGAGAUGGAGACGGAGCCGACCAAAUCGGGAGCCGUGCUCGUCAGCGGCGCCAACGGCUUCAUGGGCUCCUGGUUGGUCCGCGCCCUCUUGGACUCCGGCUACGCCACCGUGCGCGCCUCCGUGUUCCCGGGCACCGACGCCUCCCACCUCUUCUCCCUCCCGGGGGCCUCCCCUUCCCGCCUCCUCCUCUUCGAAGCCGACGUCCUCGACGCCCCCGCCGUCGCCCGGGCCGUCGACGGCUGCGAGGGCGUCUUCCACGUGGCGUCCCCCUGCACCCUCGAGGCCCCCGAGGACCCCGAGCGCGACCUCCUCCUCCCCGCCGUCCAGGGCACCCUGAACGUGCUCGAGGCCGCCAAGCGGUCCGGCGUGAGGCGCGUGGUCCUCACGUCCUCCGUCUGCGCCUUGGUCCCCAACCCCGGCUGGCCUCCUCACAAGCCCGUCGACGAGUCUUCCUGGACCGACCUUGACUACUGCAAGUCUCGCCAGAAAUGGUAUCCGGUGUCGAAAACUCUGGCGGAGAAGGCGGCGUGGGAAUUCGCGGAGAAGCACGGACUAGAUGUGGUCGCGAUAAACCCGGCCACAUGCCUUGGCCCUCUAUUGCAGCCGGGUCUCAACGCGAGCAGUGCCGUGCUGCUGCAGCUGCUUCAGGGAUCGACAGAUACACAGGAGUAUCACUGGCUCGGGGCUGUUGACGUUAGAGAUGUGGCCAAGGCACAAGUCUUGCUGUAUGAGACACCGGCUGCGUCCGGUAGAUAUCUCUGCGCAAAUGGUAUCUAUCAGUUCGGUGAUUUUGCUCAAAGGGUCAUGAAGCUCUUCCCUGAGUUUCCUAUCCACAGGAGCCUAAAGUGGACAUUGUCUAUCACAUGCGUGCUCACUUUUUUUUCUGUAGAUUCUCUCCUUUGGCAUCAUCACUGUACAGUUCAUAUUCUUGAUUAAGUCUUGUUCUAGCUUCUUAUACACACUUCCAACUUCUUGAAGUCCUCAUGGCCCCUGAUUGGGUUUGAGAAAGUAUUAUUCAUCUUUCAGAGGUUGUGCUAUGGCAGAUAGAGGUUUUUACUUAAUUGCAGACGUUAGUUUUAACUAAAACAAGUUAGCAUGAUUGUAGAAUCAACAGCUAGCUGAUGGUUAUGUAAUUUAACGAAGUCCUGUGCAUUUCGCAUUCCACAAAGCUGAUCCUUCAUUUUUGAGUUUUUGUACCAAAUGGAAGAAAACAGAAUAUAUGUAUUUCACCAUCCUUGAUGCACUGAGGAACCAAAUGGGAUGUAAUGAUACCUCUGCUGUUCAAAUGGCAACAUAAAGUAAAUCUUUAUUCCUUUUUUGAUUUCUUCAGAGUGCAACUAAUGCCUUUGUCCUCUUUACCAAAAAAAACUAAUGCCUUUGUCCUGUUGUUGGAUAAUGUCUAUUUACUUUUAUAUUGAAUCCUUCUUCCCUCAAUCAAGUCAUCUAGAUGUAGCUUUCUCUUCUUGUAUGUAAGGCAGCAUUACCAGUCACAUCUCUUGUUGCACAGGUUUACAGGAGAAACCCACCCGGGUAUGGCAGCGUGCGAAGAUGCAGCGAA